CCUUGCUGAUCAAUGUGGUGUGAUGCAAUAUCUGUAUUUAUAUGACUGGGAGAGUCAGAGAACUGUUUCCAAUUUACCUGUUUGUUUUUAAAUUUAAGCACAUAGUCCAUGCAUGUUUGCUGAACUUCUCCUUCAUUUCAGUUUCCUUCCUCCAUUCAUCAUUUUGUUACUGACAAGGAGAAAUAUUUGUUCUCUGAGAAAAUCAAAUCAGUAUCUCGUGUCCUUAGUUUGGAAGAAUCCUAAUUGGAGGAUAUCAGUAUUCAGAAAGGUAUAUUAACCUCUUCGAAAUUCUCCAGAUGCAUUGAAGAGGAGAGUGUUUUCCCAACGAUUUCUCUUCUGAAUUUUCUUUACAAGCCAUUGAGGAGGACACCAUGCUUUUAAGAAGAACCUCCAUAUCUGUGGCAUUUUAUCUCUGCCUGCUGCUUAUGACUCCUCUGCCAACGCUAACUUUCCAAGAAGGAUUCACUUGCCCAGAGAACUGGUUGAAGCGUGAAGGAAACUGUUAUGGCUACUUCGAGGAACCUGUGACCUUUGCCCAGGCUAGGGAGAAAUGCCAAAAGGAACAUCGUGCCGACCUAGUCUCCUUCCAUAGCAGGGAAGAAGUCUGUGCAAUUGCGGAAUUUGUUUCCGGCUUCGAGGACGACAAAGAUGUUUGGAUAGGUCUCCAUGAUCCUGAAAAGGAUAACGUGUGGGAUUGGACUGAUUCCACCAGUUUUAACUUAUAUGCUUGGCUGGAUGACACAGAGAGAAAUAAUGAAUACUGUGGGGUAUUGCUCCACAGCACAAAUUACAUUGUAUGGGACAGCAGAAAUUGUGAAACCAAGAGCCCCUACCUUUGUAGUUCGACACCACAAAUUAUCGUUCGUGAGUGCUAACAAGGAGGAACCCUGGCUGGCUGUCUAGAAGAACCUGCACCCAGAGGGAUGUCAACUCCUUCCAUGACUGCUAAACUCACCUGCUACUCCUCUAUAGGCUGAAAUCCCAA